UAAAUCCUCGGUUACCGGUGGAACCGACACACGGAGAGGUUCGCUGAUCAAUGACUGACGGUAGAAGCGGAGGAGGGACCGGAUCUGAUCGGGGCUCGGAGUCUGUCCGGAGUCAGAGUCGAAGAGUUUCCUCCUUCAGUGUAUCCUGAGGGGGUGGAGUCACACCACAGAUGUUUACAGAGUGGGAGGAGUCACAGUGUUUGUAUUAGAAAUGUGAGGCUAAGGGAUCAGAGCAGCUGUCAAUCAAACCACGGUCGCACCCCCAGGAGCAGCAUUCAAUCAGCAUCAGUGUGCAGGACCACCAUGCACCUGAAGGCGUGUCCUAAGCUCGUGCGUUCAGAGUUGCGGUUGGAUGCGCCCAGUGCUCAGCAGAGUGGUCUGUUUGUGAGCCAGCAGGGGGCGCUGCUGAGGACCUGCGGCAGUAACCAUGGCAACAGCCCCCGCCUCCCGCUCAGCGUCAUCUCCACCAACACGCUGCGCUGCAGCGGCUCAACCAAUCACGGUGUUGGCAGCAGCGUGGCGUCGCUACGGCUCAAGGUGUCGCCUGGCGGUCCCCUGCAGCUCCUCCCACCGACGGUAGGCUGUGAGAACAACACACUCAGACUGUGCCCGCCCACACUGGAGGUCACACCGGAGGUUAUGGACGCCUCCCUGGACGUUUGGACUGUGAUCAAGCCCGGACACGUCCGGGAGAAGAUCGCCAUCUUUGCCCCAGAUGGACAGAGCUCAGACGGCAGUGGAGAACGGAUGCCAACCAGCGGUUCUGGUAGCCGAGAAAGGACGCUGUCAGCCUGUCAGAGCUACAGCCCCUCAUCAGGACCCCUCAGGGCCACCAAAGCGAAGGGAAGCCGGGAGGAAAACUGCAGCGCCAAGCGACGGCGACGGUCCGGGAAUGCCAUCCAGCAGGACCAAAGGGGCCAGGAACCCCAGCAGCCCGCCCACAGAACGUCUCCAUGGCGACCAGAAGCGACCCAGCGGUUAGGCAGGGUGGCUUCUGAGGAGGAGGGGGAGGAGCAGAAGGUGUCCGUGGUGGAGAUGGUUGCGUUCCUGGAGCAGAGAGCCAAUGAGACAGACACCAAACCACUGCUAACUCUACAGAGGAGCUCCGCCUCCAUUACCUUGUCCAGAGCCCCGCCCUGUGAAUUCAAGGACCCCGCCAACAUCAGGGAGGAGGAGCCAGAGAGCAUCAGGGUGUCAGACAUGGUGGCGAGGCUGGAGUGGGAGUGUCAACAGCGACGGACAGAGGGUGGGCUGUCCCGGAGCAACAGCCUGAGGAGAAGUGUGGGGCGGGUCCUGCUGGCUGCCGCUGAGCAUGGCCCCGCCCCUGUGGAGCACAGCCCUGCCCCCUGCCAGUCAGCAGUGAUAUCAUCAUCGAUGAUGUCGUCUUCAGAGACGACACAAGUGAUAUCAUCAGAGAUGUCAUUGCCUGCCAGCAGGGAGCCAAUCAGCUGCUUUGGAACACCACCCACCUUAGCUGUGACCCUGCCCUCUUCCACCUGUCAGGCCACACCCCUUCCAGGUGAGUCCAGGGUGGCGACCAUGACAGUCCCUAAAACAGAAGCCCCACCCCCCUCGCAGAACCUUUCCCUGAGCAAAGAGGUGGAGCCUCCACCAGGUUUGUUGUUUAUGUCUCCUGCGCCACGCCCCUCCUCAGACUAUGCACCUCCCAGCACAGACUCAAGGCCCCGCCCCCAUGACUCUAAUAGCCUAUCAGAGCAGAGGAGGUCAUGUGAGCGUGCCGUGCUUUCGGCCGCCGGGUGCUCCUUGGCGAAGGUUUCUGUAGGGCGGCGUGCGUCCGUGUCCCAGGACUUCCUGUUGAUGCGUCAGCGUCUGCAGCAGCUGCUGGAGCCCCGCCCCUAUCUUACGGUGCUCCCUCAUCACGUAUUGGUUAAGAUCUUCUUGUUCCUGCCCACGCAGAGCCUCGCCGCGCUGAAGUGCACCUGCCAGUACUUCCACUUCAUCAUCGACACAUAUGGCGUACGGCCCGCUGACUCACUCUGGGUGUCUGACCCCCGUUACCGUGACGACCCCUGUAAGCAGUGUAAGAAGCGUUACGGGCGUGGUGACGUGUCGCUGUGCCGCUGGCAUCAUAAACCGUACUGUCAGGCGCUGCCCUACGGCCCCGGGUACUGGAUGUGCUGCCACGGCGCCCACAGGGACACGCCCGGCUGUAACGUGGGUCUCCAUGACAACCGCUGGGUUCCGGUGUUCCACAGCAUCAAUGUGCCGAUCUACAGGAGGGGGCGCCAUGACGACUGAGACUCCAAAUGGGCUGGGCAGAUGCGUAUAUGUCUCCUCCAAUCCUUUGCCAUUCAGCGUGUGUGAGAGCGUGUGGGCGUGGCCUCCUUCACUUUCAAGCCUGACAUGAAUCAAAGCAGCAGAAGAAGAACGGGUGCAUAAACGGAUUUCUAUAGUUUCACAGCGAAUGUUUACCUUACAUGUGGUGCCCUCUGCUGCUCAAAGCUUCCCGAUAAUCAUCUUCCUCUAAUCAACUGUCCAUUUAUGGGAAGGGGGCGGAGUCUCAGACAGGACUUUUCCUCUUUUCUAAAAGGAUCAAAGCAUGCUCUACAAACUUCAAAGGAUGACAUCACCAAAGGCAGAGGGAGGAUGCUGGUGAAGCUGGGGACACUGGGACUCUUGCCAAUAGUCGGCCGUAGUUGGUAACUUUUGGAAAAGUGGGCGGAGCUGGGGAGGAGCGAAGGAGCUCCGCCUUUUUUCACUAAAGUUGCCAACUAAGGAUGAUGAACAUGAGAGGAUAAUGACCCAUGUUAGCUCUAAUCCGCAGUGACCUGUCCAAUCAGAGAGAGUUUUUAAUGCCUGUCCCUUUGAGGAGGCGUGGCUUCAUGUGGGCGGACUUCAGUGUGUGCUGCGCUCUGAUUGGAUGUUAGUUGUUGCACCUUGCUUGUGUUUACAUUUGUACAUAGUGAGAGUUUAUGAGUGCGUGAUAAUCAGCGUGGCCUUGUGAGGAGACGAUGCAAUAAAAAAAUCAUAGUUUAUAUGUGAGGGGAGAAAAAAGAGUGAGCCUUGACCUUUGACCUUCAGAGAUUUCCGUUUUUUAAGGGUUGUUGUGUUUCAGCUGUUUCAUGGUGUUGCUUUAAUAAAGUGCUUUAUCUUUA